AACUCUCUUCUUCCGGUCUCCAAUGGCUUCCGAGGAACAGUUAUCUGCAAUCAAGCGCGCGAAAGUGCUCAUGGUUGGUGCCGGUGGUAUUGGCUGCGAGCUUCUGAAAACCCUCGCGCUUUCGGACUUUCAAGACGUACACAUUAUUGACAUGGACACAAUAGAAGUGAGUAAUUUAAACAGACAGUUUCUAUUUCGAAAAUCUCAUGUUGGGCAAUCUAAGUCCAAAGUUGCUAGGGAUGCCGUCUUGAAAUUUAGGCCUGGAAUGAAAAUUACACCUUACCACGCAAAUGUUAAAGACACUGACUUCAAUGUGGAUUUCUUUAAACAAUUCAAUGUUGUUCUGAAUGGCCUUGACAAUCUAGAUGCUAGGCGACAUGUGAACCGACUUUGCUUGGUAGCCAGUGUUCCAUUGAUCGAAAGUGGGACUACUGGUUUCUUGGGACAGGUUACUGUGCAUGUGAAGGGCAAAACAGAGUGUUAUGAGUGCCAACCUAAACCAGCUCCAAAAAUUUACCCUGUAUGCACAAUUACAAGCACUCCAUCCAAGUUUGUUCACUGCAUUGUAUGGGCAAAAGAUCUGCUUUUCGCAAAGCUUUUUGGGGACAAGAAUCAGGAAAAUGAUCUGAAUGUGUACUCUAGUGAUUCUUCUAGCUCAUCAGAACAUUUGGAAGAUAUUUUUGAAUGCAGACCAAAUGAGGACAUUGAACAAUAUGGGAAGAGAAUAUAUGACCAUGUUUUUGGCUACAACAUUAAGGUAGCAUUGUCAAAUGAAGAAAAAUGGAAGAAUCGUAACAAACCAAGGCCUACAUACAUUAGGGAUGUAUUGCCAUCUGAAGAGAUUCAACAUAAUGGAAAUGGAGAUAGAGGUUCAAAAGAUGUUGAUCCUUCAUCAGUGUCUGCAAUGGCAUCUCUGGGUCUUAAAAAUCCACAGGAGUUGUGGAGCUUGAAAGAAAACACUACAGUAUUUUUGGAGUGUCUAAAGCUCUUUUUCUUGAAAAGACCAAAGGAGAUUGGCAACUUGAGUUUUGACAAAGAUGAUCAGUUAGCUGUGGAAUUUGUAACUGCUGCUGCUAAUAUUCGGGCAUCUUCCUUUGGUAUUCCCUUGCAUAGCCUUUUUGAAUCGAAAGGUAUUGCUGGAAAUAUUGUGCAUGCUGUUGCGACAACAAAUGCUAUAGUUGCUGGGUUGAUUGUGAUUGAGGCUAUUAAGGUGCUGCAAAAUGAUCUGAAAAACUGCAGGAUGACCUAUUGUCUUGAACAUCCUUCCAGAAAAAUGCUUCUUAUGCCAGUUGAUCCAUUUGAGCCGAACAAAUCCUGCUAUGUCUGUUCUGAGACAUCUUUGACACUUGAGAUCAAUACUCAUAGGUCAAAGCUGAGGGAUUUUGUUGAGAAGAUUGUGAAAGCAAAGCUAGGUAUGAAUUUGCCACUGGUUAUGCAUGGAUCAGCACUUCUCUAUGAGGUGGGUGAUGAUCUUGAGGAAGGUAUGGUAGUGAAUUACACAGCAAACCUUGACAAGGUACUGUGUGAGCUUCCAUCUCCUGUUACUGGAGGCACCACUGUCACUGUUGAGGAUCUCCGACAGGAGCUAAAUUUUAAUAUCAAUAUUAAGCAUAGGGAAGAUUUUGAUGACGAGAAAGAACCUGAUGAAAUGGUUCUCUCUGGAUGGACUCAAGCUCCUGCGACUGAAACUAUAAACAAGGAAGUUCAUGACAAUGGUACUAGCACAUCUAUAGCAUCUCAAACUGCUGCUACUCAGGAGACCAAUGAGGAUGAUGAUUCUGUACUUCUGCCAACAAGCAUUGAACUUCCUCUUGGAAAUGAAAGAAAGUUGUCUGACAGUACUGUUGCUGCUGGUUCGGAUUUAUCGUAUUCCCCCAAUGAAACAGAGGUUAAGAGAAAGGCAGAAGAACUUAAUAAUGAUGAUGGUGAUGUCAUUUUGUUAGAUGAUGGAAAUACUAACUAUUGCAAGAAGCAGAGGGGAGCAAUAGUUAAUUUUGGGGCUUAGUUCUGCAGCAUCUCUAUGUCUAGUUCUGUACCUUAUAGUUGCAUUCUGAAUCUUUUGCUAGUUUUUAACUCCUUAAUUGAUGUUUAGGUGCUGGACUGUCAAAUUUUGACAAGAUUUGAUACCUCCAGUAAUCAAACUUUUGCUUAUCAUCAGACAUUGGCAGAACAGCAGUAACAUAAAUUGUGACUUGGUAGA